CAUGAGGUUUGGGAGGCUAUUUCAUAGGUAAGGAAUGUGUUGGUGUCAUAUUGGACUGGAACGUCGGACUGUUAAGACCCUGCACGUGUUAAAACUUUUACAACAAUGGGCCAAGCGCGACUGCUUUUAAUAUUGACAGUUGGAUUACUUUGGAAUUUGAGCAGUGGAAAGGUAUACCAGUUACUAGCCUUGGGCAAUAGCAUCAACGCCUCAAUCACAAGGGAAGAUUACCAAAGACAGAAAACGAAUCUGAUAGACGUUAUCAAUACGAAUGCCAUUUUCCAAGAGGCUUACCUUGACGCGUCAGAAGAGAAGCGAGAACGCGUCAGAACCAGAGGGAGGUCAUACGGCUUGACAGAUGAGGAAUCUUUGGCUGUCAUGGUGUAUACAUCCACUUCAGUGAAUGGGGAAUUCAACAUGGUUUUAAGAGAUGGUAUUCGACACAAAUAUGACAUACCCCAUCAAGUCCUUCAUUACCAUGUUAUCAGCGCAUUAGAAAGGUUACGUGUGUCACAAACGCUCCCUCGUGUUUUGUACAGAGGUGACCAAAAUUCCUAUCAGCACUUAAGCCAAGGAGACAAAGUACAACUUGCAGGAUUUACCUCAGCCGUAUAUAAUCUCAGAAUAGCAAACAGAAUCCGCAAAGAUGGUGGGGCGUUAUUUGUGUUGAAGGGUGUUGGUUUCGGGGCAGCUAUAACAAAGUUGUCUCUUUAUCCCGACGAAGCUGAGAUCCUAAUUCCACCGUAUGAAUCUUUUAAAAUUACCAAAGUUGCAAAAGAUGCCAAAGGUCCGGUUAUUGAACUAACUAGCAUUGGGGAGACGUGUGGCAGAAAGAGUCCACAGACAGGAUGCCAGUGUUGUAGACAAUCAGCGGAGGAGAUUUUCAGCAUAGCCUAUCAAGACUUGGGAAUAUUCCCCGUUGUUGUAGCAUUGCUCAUACUUACUGUAGGUGCUAUAUAUAUAUGUCCUUGAUAUAUUCGUUCUGUAAGGAGUCUUCGUCCAAUAUUUCGUAGAUCAUGCUUAGGCGGGACUGGCUAUAUGUGUUGUUAAUGCAAAUUUCCACCUGGAAAACAUACCGUAUUCAACGUAAUAAGCGCCCAGGGCGCUCUCAAAAUUAGAAAGAGGGAGCGCUUAUUAGAAUAUUAUUGUGAGUUGAAAGGUCGUACAUUUCGUGGUUUAUGCUAAACAGCCUGAA